AUGAUCUACCCUGAGCUGGUCAAGAUCAAUGAGGAGCUGAAGACUCGGGGCGGACAGGUUGUCAAGUUUAAUUGCAACAAGGACAACAAGGAGCUGGGCAAGCAGUUGGGCAUCAAGGUGGCGCCGACAUUCCACCUGUACCGGGGCCGGGAGAAGCUGGGGGAGAUGACCGGCGCAAAGGUCGACAAGCUGCGAGAGAUGAUCGAGGCAAACCUGUGA